AUGUCUGAACGAAGCGGAACAACAAACAGAACAUCACAUAAACCGUUAUCCAAUUCAGACUACACAUGGGAAUAUGAAUAUUAUGAAUAUGCUCCAGUUUCUUUUGAGGGAUUAAAGGCUCACAAAUAUUCCAUAGUGAUUGGAUUCUGGGUUGGUCUGGCAGUCUUUGUAAUUUUUAUGUUUUUUGUUUUGACUUUGUUGACCAAGACAGGAGCACCUCACCAAGAGAAUGCAGACCCUUCAGAAAAGCGAUUUCGAAUGGACAGUUUUGCAGCAGAGUUUGGAAGGCCUAUUGAGACCGACAGAAUUUUUUCUCGCCAGGUAGCUGAAGAAUCUCGGUCACUCUUCCAUUGCUAUAUAAAUGAAGUUGACCAGCUGGAUAGGACAAAGUCCAAUAACAGAGUUGUGGAAAGUGCUAUUAAUAUCCAGCAAACUAUCAGUAACUGUAAAGUGGAAGAGGAAAUGUGUGCUCUUGCAAGGUUUAACAUUCCGAACUUUGUCAACACUGACCAGAACUCUUCUUCAGGUGAUGAUGAUCUUUUAAUAUGUGAUCCAACAAAUGAUUUUAGAAAGUAAUCUACUUUAUCAGCAUAUAUUAAUUAUAGAAUAGAAGGAAACCUGACUUUUAUUUGAGCUACAGUAAGUUGCUUAGGAAGUGCCUACAUUGCAUUAGAAAUAUUGGGGCCGAUUUAUGAAAGUGCAAACAAACAUGAUACGAUGU